UCUUGGAAGUUUGACGUGAACAUUAAAUUGCGCCUUUAUGUCAGAAAUUGUUUUAAUUCCAAGAGAAAUAUACAUUAGAGGGCAUUUGCAGCGUGCCUAUUCCAUCGGGUCGCAAGAAAACGUGCUUUGAAUUGACGACUUUUGAAAGGACUUCACAUUAACAUUUUGACAGUUUGCAGGAGUGCAGCUUUGUCAAUCAAUUUGCGCAUCGAACUCAGUGACAUUCAUUGCAGCCCGUGGGCACAGCAGCAGUUGGAUUCUAAAGUCUUGAAAGGAAGGAUUUUUUUUCACUCCAAGAGCAAUUCAUUGCUUUAGCUCAGCGGUAAUUUUUUUCGCAUGAAUCUACUCGACCCCUUCCUGAAGAUGACAGACGAACAGGAGAAAUGUUUCUCUGACGCUCCAAGCCCCAGCAUGUCUGAGGAUUCGGUCGGCUCGCCGUGCCCGUCCGGCUCCGGUUCCGACACCGAGAAUACCAGGCCGUCCGAUAAUCAUCUAUUACUGGGUCCAGACGGCGUGCUCGGCGAGUUCAAGAAGGCUGACCAAGACAAGUUCCCUGUAUGUAUCAGAGAUGCAGUGUCUCAGGUGCUGAAGGGUUACGACUGGACCUUGGUGCCCAUGCCAGUCCGAGUGAACGGCUCCAGCAAAAACAAGCCUCAUGUCAAGAGACCUAUGAACGCUUUCAUGGUGUGGGCUCAAGCCGCCCGGAGGAAACUGGCGGACCAGUACCCACAUCUCCACAAUGCAGAACUCAGCAAAACCCUCGGCAAACUCUGGAGAUUGCUCAACGAAGGCGAGAAGCGUCCGUUCGUAGAGGAGGCUGAGCGCUUGAGGGUGCAGCACAAGAAAGAUCACCCCGACUACAAGUACCAGCCCAGACGGAGAAAAUCCGUGAAGAACGGGCAGGGCGAACCAGAGGACGGCGAGCAAACCCACAUCUCUUCCGGUGACAUCUUUAAAGCUCUCCAGCAAGCAGACUCGCCCGCGUCCAGCAUGGGCGAAGUGCAUUCACCCGGUGAACAUUCAGGCCAGUCCCAGGGCCCACCUACACCACCGACCACCCCCAAAACAGAGCUGGCUGCGGGCAAGGCCGACCUGAAGCGCGAGGGCCGCCCCCUGCAAGAGGGCACGGGCCGCCAGCUAAACAUCGACUUCCGGGACGUGGAUAUCGGCGAGCUGAGCAGCGACGUCAUCUCCAACAUCGAAGCCUUCGAUGUCAACGAGUUUGACCAGUACCUGCCGCCCCACGGGCACGCCGGCGUCAACGGCGCCCAGACGGGCUACACGGGCAGCUACCGAGGCAUCAGCGCCAGUUCCAUCGGCCAGGUGGGUGCUGGAGGCCACGGCUGGAUGUCCAAGCAGCAGCACUCCCUCGCCGCCCUGGGUGGAGGUGGCGGUAGUGGGGGAGAGCAAGGCCAGAGCCAGGGGAGAACCACUCAGAUCAAGACGGAGCAGCUGAGCCCCAGCCACUACAGUGAGCAGCAGGGCUCUCCUCCCCAGCACGUCACCUAUGGUUCAUUCAACCUGCAGCACUACAGCGCUUCAUCCUACCCCUCCAUCACCCGCACACAGUAUGACUAUUCUGAUCACCAGGGCGGCGCCAACUCUUAUUAUAGCCAUGCAGGUGCCCAAGGCUCAGGGCUCUAUUCCUUCAGCAGCUAUAUGAGCCCCAGCCAGAGGCCCAUGUAUACCCCCAUCGCUGACCCCACCGGAGUGCCCUCGGUGCCCACCCAGACCCACAGUCCACAGCACUGGGAGCAGCAGCCUGUCUACACCCAGCUCUCCAGGCCCUGAGAGGCCAGAAGUUAGAGGUCAACCCCUUAGUCCUUAGCACAGACUGUCCCAUAAGAACCCAUCUCCUACCAGAGACUCUUAUCUCCCAGAAUCCUCGCGGGCCUACAGGCCUCUACACCAGGGUUCUUCAAUUCCAGUCCUGGAGGGCCGAAACACUUCUGUUUUUUAUUUCUACCUGGUAGUUAAU